AGAUUGUAAUUUUUGUUGGUUUUAGUAGCCGUCCCUACUGCGAUGUGACAAGUUGGAGUGGUUUCAAAGAUGAGACUUCUGUAUCUGCUAUUCCUGAUUGCGCUCAUCAAUACUACUUUUCAACAGAAACAGAACAAAAAGAAGGGAGGAGGAGGAGGAAAGAGAGUGAAUAAGAAGUCGACCAAAAAAUCUCGGAAAAGUUCUAGUCUCCAAUUCGCUCAAUUCGAUGAUUACGAGUCUGUUCAGGUGAAUGUUAGAGAUCCUGAUUUCCUCGGCCAGUUUGAGUCUGCAACUGAUGAACCAGAUCCAGCCUGCUGCAGUAACCCUGUUAAAAUCAACCGAGGAAGACAAGGUCGAACCGGAAAACCAGGAGAUACUGGAUUAGCCGGGGAUCCUGGACCUCAAGGUUUGCCAGGAAGAAGAGGAAUACAAGGUCAAAUUGGAGAUAAAGGUGGCAUUGGUCUCCCUGGUGCUUUUGGACUGCGAGGUGUCAAGGGUGAUCCUGGACUACCUGGUGUUCGAGGAGAACCUGGUAAAGAUGGGAGAAUUGGUAUUGAUGCAAUGAAUGGAUUGAACGGUAUUGAUGCUACUAAUGGUACGGACGGUGAAAAAGGAGAUCAAGGAGCAACCGGGGAACAGGGGGUCAAGGGACACCUUGGAUUUGAUGGCGCUAAAGGAGAUUUAGGUCAAAACGGAGAUCGUGGAACAACGGGCAUUGUCAUAAAAGGAAUCAAAGGACUUCCUGCGCCUCCAUUUGGAGAGUUAGGAAGCAAAGGACUAAAGGGACAAAAAGGAGUAGUCGGACAGCACGCUCCUGAUGGUUUUGACGGUGCAUUUGGUCUACCCGGAGUACAGGGUAGCAAAGGAAGGAUUGGCCGAAUAGGGUUUACCGGAUUGGAAGGAGCGAAGGGCCAAAAAGGUGAUACUGGUCCUACCGCACCUGAUGGCGCUGAUGGGGUUGACGGAAGAACUGGUGACUUGGGUGAAAAGGGUAGAAAAGGUUGGCAAGGAACUAUCACUGUUGGCCCAAAAGGUUUAAAGGGUUUGAAGGGUGAAGAGGGAAUCAAAGGCGAAGAAGGACUGAAAGGAAUAGAUGGACUUAAAGGUCGACUUGGCGGGUUAGGUGUCAAGGGCCAACAGGGUCUUAAGGGCGAUCAAGGAAUCACUGGAGCCAUCGGAGAAAUCGGAGAAAAGGGGUAUAUUGGUUUGAAAGGGGAGAUUGGUCUCAAAGGAGAUCAAGGGGUUGUCGGAGUACCGGGAGAAACAGGUCGAAAAGGUUUUCUGGGUAGUCAAGGAUUACCUGGUUUAAAUGGAGUACCAGGAAAGCACGGUCCGGAAGGUGCUGUCGGGCAAAAGGGUGAGCUGGGCGUAAAUCCUCCUGAAGACCUUAUCAGCAAAAAUCCUGGUGAUAAAGGUUUCACCGGCUCCACAGGUCACAAAGGAGUUACAGGUUUUCCUGGAGACUACGCGGAUAAGGGUGAGCCAGGUCGUCCAGGGUUUCAUGGUGACGAUGGUAUUCCUGGAAUAAAAGGCGAAAAAGGUCUGAAAGGAGUAAAGGGAUUUGUUGGUGAACAAGGAACUGAUGGAGAUCAAGGACCAAAAGGAGACGUUGGAGAUCUUGGGCCAAAAGGAUCUCAAGGUUUUCCUGGUGUAAAGGGUUACAAAGGUCAAGUUGGAUCCCAAGGACCCACAGGUGAACAAGGUCCUUCGACCGUAGGUGAUCAAGGUCGAGAUGGUCAAAAAGGUUUAAAAGGACAGGAAGGAGAAAUAGGUGAUAUUGGACCUAAGGGUGCAGACAUCUACGGUAGAAAAGGAGAGUUUGGACUUGUUGGGAGACGAGGACCAGUGGGACCUAAGGGUAUUGAUGGAGAGAAGGGACUCGAAGGAGUCAAAGGGUUUUUGGGGGCAAAAGGAUUGAAAGGAGGAAAAGGAGAAGAGGGGGAUAAUGGCAAACCAGGAAAACGAGGAAAGCGAGCGAAAAGAGGUAAAAAAGGAAUGUUUGGUCCUGAAGGCAGACACGGUAAAGCGGGAAGAGAUGGUGAUCCUGGAUAUCAUGGGUUUCCUGGAGUUCCUGGACCGGAGGGAGAAGUUGGAGAUAAGGGAGGAAAGGGCGCACAAGGAACUGAUGGGGUAAUAGGUGAGAAUGGAGAUACAGGAGAAAAGGGAAGCAAGGGAACUUACGGCUUGUAUGGGUAUGACGGUACAUUUGGCAGACACGGUAUUCCAGGUUUCUCCGCGAUUGGUGGUGGUCCAGGAGUAGAUGGAAGGAGAGGAAAACAAGGAGAUGUUGGUAUAAUGGGUAUUAGAGGACAUAAAGGACAAAAAGGUGAACUAGGCCUUGAAGGGUUUAUGGGUAUGCCGGGUUGGACCGGGAAGAAAGGUGAGCCAGGUAUUCAAGGUGGUUUGGGUGCUGUAGGGCUUCCCGGUAACGUUGGAGAGAUAGGAGACCCUGGUAAUAAGGGUCCUCUUGGGGCUCCUGGAGACACUGGACUACCUGGAAAAACUGGGGUUCAUGGCAUUCCGGGACAAGACGGCAUUCAUGGGACAAAUGGUGUGGACGGUCAUGAUGGUAUCAAAGGAGUUAAAGGAGAUGUUGGAGAUGAUGGCAUUCAGGGACCAUCUGGCUUACCAGGAAUACCGGGAAAUCGUGGUUUCAAAGGAAUCGAUGGUUAUCAGGGUUCAAAAGGGAAAAAAGGACCAGCUGGGUUGCCUGGUGAUGAAGGACUUAUUGGAAUUGUUGGCUUUAUCGGACAAAAAGGUGACCCUGGUGUGCAUGGAAGUAAUGGUAUUCCUGGAUUACCUGGAGUUGAUGGUUCGAACGGGCUAGAUGGACUGCUUGGUAUUUAUGGAGAAAGCGGUUUGAAAGGAUUGAAAGGUACACCAGGAAUAAAGGGUAAACUUGGUCGGCACGGACCCCCAGGUCAGCAUGGAAGCCCUGGAAAAAACGGGGACCACGGUAGGCCUGGUAUAACUGGAAUACCUGGUCAUCUCGGAAUAAAUGGAAUUGAUGGGAAACCUGGAUCCACGGGCUUUGGUGGUUUCUUUGGGCGACGUGGUGACGUCGGACCUGAAGGAGAACCAGGAAACGAGGGAAGGAAAGGGACACGUGGUAUUGAUGGCACAGAAAUCAAGGGUGAUAAAGGUUCUAUGGGUCGAAACGGGUGGGCUGGUUUUGUUGGACGCAAAGGAAUGAAAGGCCUUCCAGGAGGUGUUGGUCCAGUUGGUGCGCCAGGUGAUAAUGCAAAGAGGGGAGAGCCAGGCCCUCAAGGAGUUAAAGGGUAUAUUGGACGUCUUGGUGAUGAUGGUUUCCCUGGGCUUCCUGGAUUUAGAGGAUGGCCUGGAGAGAAAGGCGAGCAAGGGAGACUAGGAAAAAAAGGCAGAAUUGGAGAUGCUGGAAUUGAAGGACGUGCAGGAGCAGUGGGUGCUGAUGGACAAAAAGGAGAAGAUGGGGAAGUUGGUCCUCCAGGAAAACAAGGAUACCUUGGACCAAAGGGAAAUCCUAGUCCAAAAGGCAAAAGAGGUCCCAGAGGAGAUGUUGGUAACAAGGGUGUGCAAAGACGAAAAGGGUAUCCUGGCGAAAAAGGAAUUAAAGGUUAUGUUGGGCAAUAUGGAAAACGAGGCCCUAAAGGAUUGAGAGGUCCACUUGGACAAAAGGGACGACAAGGAAUCAAAGGUUAUCCUGGAGAUAUUGGUGUACAAGGUGAAACAAUACCUGGUCCGCCAGGUGAUAAGGGUCCAGCCGGAUUGCCAGGCUUAGUAGGAGAAGAUGGAGCAGAAGGAGUUCCAGGUUCUACUGGUUCACUUGGUCCUCCAGGUUAUCCUGGAAUGAGAGGAAGAACAGGUCGUACUGGAAACCCUGGAGAUCCUGGUCAAAAGGGAGCGGUCGGUGAGGGUGGUUUUAAAGGUGUGAUCGGCCUCAAAGGUGCACCUGGAACCCCUGGUGAAGAUGGAGACCAGGGAACUCCUGGAAUGGAGGGGUGCCCUGGACGUCCUGGAAACUUAGGACAGCAAGGCUCUCGAGGUCCUGUCGGUUACACAGGUAUUAAAGGUCUCCCGGGCGAUAGGGGAGACAGGGGAGAAGUAGGACGUCCAGGUAAAAUAGGACCAAAAGGAGAGCCACAUCCCGAUUAUGUGAUCAACCCUGAUCUCCCUAAGGGUGAAGCAGGUGACGUUGGUGAUCCCGGUGAAACUGGUUACCCAGGACCGAAAGGAGAUAAGGGGAAGACAGGAAGGUCUGGAGAAAGAGGAAAGAAAGGAUCUCAAGGACAGCUUGGUAUGCAGGGUAUUAGAGGAAUUGCUGGCGAAGAAGGGGACGUGGGAAAUACGGGUACUGCUGGAGGACCCGGAGUAAAAGGGUACCCCGGACAUCCCGGUUUUAAAGGACAUCCAGGUGAUAACGUGGUGGGAGAUCCAGGGAAUCCAGGGAUGAGAGGGAGGAAUGGUAGACGUGGUGGCAGGGGAGGCCGUGGUGCUAUCGGACCAAAGGGACAAUUUGGUAAAGAUGGUGAUGAAGGUGAAAUAGGUUUCCCUGGUAGUCGGGGUUUAAGAGGUGCGUUAGGUCCAAUAGGAAAACAAGGGAAUAAGGGAGAAACUGGAAACAAGGGAAAACAAGGCUUCGAAGGUUCUCAGGGUUUCAGAGGAUUCCCAGGGACAAGGGGUGACCAGGGUUCAACUGGAACACCCGGGCUCAAAGGUGAUCAAGGUAGAGAUUUUCUCAUUUCUGAUCAUUACGACCCCAAAACAGGAAUCAAGGGAAUGGACUUGAUUGGAAGAAAAGUUGUUGAUAUGCUCGUUGAAGAUAUCAGGGCCUUGGACCACCCUUCUUUACUAGGUAAACCCGGGGAAACUGGAACUACUGGGAAUAGAGGUGGAUUCGGAGAUGAUGGAGACUCAGGGAUUCCUGGGGCUGAUGGUUCCGAUGGAAAAAGUGGAGUGGUCGGUAUUCCUGGUACUCCUGGUAUUCAUGGUAUGCCGGGAAUUCAGGGAUCUCCUGGAGACGUGGGAUUAGCUGGCAACAGAGGACCUUCCGGAAGGAAUGGUUUUAGAGGCAACAGAGGAGAUGUUGGUGACAAUGGUGCGAAAGGGGACGCAGGUAUCAUUGGUUUUAUUGGUAAAUUUGGGAGAGAUGGUGAUGUGGGGGAGGCUGGUCAGUGUACUGAAAGCUGUUCUGGAACGGGUCCCCGUGAGAAGAAGGGGUGUCAUUGUGAUACCCACGUUAUUACCAUGCACAGCCAGACAACUGACAUACCUCAAUGUCCUCAGCAUUGGAAAUCACUCUGGGUUGGAUCGACAAUGAUCCUCGGCUUCCUCAUUAUCUCGUUCGUGUCUGCAGAAUCUGAUCCGGACCCUGCACGGAGGAACAGACUAGGGGUUGUUAACUCAAAGAAUGACACCGCAAUUGUUUGCUGUAGUGAGCCUGUAAAGUUUGUCAGAGGAGAUACAGGUCUACCCGGUCUAGUGGGAGUGAUAGGAAAAAUCGGCCAAACUGGUGUUAAUGGUUUACCUGGCCGUGAUGGAGCUCUGGGUCCAGAAGGAGAACAAGGACCCCCUGGUUUACCUGGUGACUUAGGAGGGAGGGGAGAUCAGGGAUAUCAAGGACAGCCAGGCAGUCCUGGCGUGUCAGGGCAUACUGGUAGAGAUGCUCUGCCGGGCAUGCAUGGCUUAAGGGGAAUAAACGGAGUAAAUGGAACAAAUGCAGAAAAUGGACUGAAAGGAGAGACAGGUGCACCAGGCGUUACUGGAACUUCAGGAAUUGACGGUCUAGCAGGAAAACUUGGAUUCAAGGGAGACAGGGGUUCUAUCGGUAUAGUACUGAAAGGAAUUAAGGGUGUAGAAGGACAUAUAGGACGAACUGGAAUUAAAGGAGACACUGGCCUGACCGGUGAUAAUGGUAUACCUGGUGAUAAAGGUAGGAGGGGGCCAAUGGGAUUUUGGGGAAUAGACGGAGAGAAAGGCAUGAUGGGAAAAAUCGGUCCUGAUGGCGUAAAAGGUGUGAAGGGUUAUAAAGGAAACACAGCAGAAGACGGACUGAAUGGUAUGAAUGGAGCGGAUGGAGCAGAUGGUGCAGUCGGAUAUAAAGGAGAAAAAGGAGUUCAGGGAGAAUUUACGAGAGGCCCGAAAGGAACUAAAGGAGUUGAUGGCUCAAAAGGGCGCAAAGGACACUGGGGCCAGAUUGGAUUCCCUGGUCAAGAAGGAUCGAAAGGUAUACAUGGAGAAAAAGGGAGUACUGGUGCUCUAGGAGAUGGUGGUGUGAUCGGGAUUAUCGGAAGAAAAGGCAUGAAAGGAGGUGAUGGUCCCAAAGGUCCUAUUGGAGAGAAAGGUGACGGUGGUGUUACAGGCCUUGAAGGAGAAAAAGGUCUUCCCGGGAUUCCCGGACCCCAUGGAAUCCCUGGUCGACCAGGUAUUCAUGGUAUGCCAGGUAUGAACGGACUCAGAGGAAACAAAGGAGAUCCAGGGGAAGAAGUAAUACCUUUAAGAGAACAAGGAGAUCAAGGCGAAAAGGGUGACACUGGAUAUGAAGGAUUUAAGGGCCGUACUGGACAAGGUGGCAAUAAGGGUUUCAAAGGUGAACCAGGAAUCGACGGUUUAGAUGCUCUAGACGGAAUUGAUGGGUCAAAGGGUGUGGAAGGAGUGGUCGGAGAGAUGGGGGAAAAUGGAGAGAUGGGAGGACCUGGACGAGUUGGCAUAGGCGGUUUUCACGGCAGACGGGGACCUCAAGGGCUACCAGGAAUCAAAGGUUGGCAAGGAGUGAAAGGUAUUACGGGAGAUUUUGGAAGCAAAGGAAAUGCUACGGUUGGCCCUCAAGGUGAACAAGGAGACAAGGGUUUCCGAGGAAAUCGUGGCGUUAUUGGUGAUCGUGGUGUUAAAGGAGCCACUCUGCCUUCACCAAAAGGUAGCUUUGGAAGGCUUGGAAUUCCUGGAGACCCGGGUCCUAAAGGAAAAGAAGGGUGGCGUGGUCCACCAGGUCCACAAGGGGAGCAAGGUUCCACUGGACUAACAGGUGGAAAAGGAAUUCCAGGAGACGAUGCAGUACCUGGGAUUCCUGGUUAUGAUGGAGAUAAUGGACAGAAAGGUCAUCCAGGAUCUUUAGGUGCCGAUGGUAAAGACGGAUCGGUUGGACCACAUGCACUGCAUUCUCUUCAUGGAACACACGGUAUAACAGGCUUAAAAGGAUUCACGGGUAACAAAGGUAUGUUUGGACUCCCAGGUUUGCCUGGUGUUCCAGCAGAAAGAGGCGAAGUCGGUACCCCUGGAAUAAACGGUAAACGUGGAGCGAGGGGUUCCAACGGAAUUCCCGGCACACCUGGUACACCGGGUAAGCCUGGAAAACCUGGAACAGAUGGAGCAGAAGGACAAGAUGGAGAUAUCGGCCCAGUCGGUGAAAAAGGUAAGCCAGGAACCAAGGGUUACGAGGGAGUAGACGGAUAUGCGGGAGUUCGUGGAAUGUCAGGGAGAAAGGGUUUACGGGGCUCCAAGGGUGUCCAAGGAAGCAAAGGAGCUACAGCAUCAAAAGGAAGACGUGGAGCUGAGGGUAUCAAGGGAGAAACUGGGGGUGAAGGAGAAGUUGGGAGGCAGGGAGAGUUUGGUCUUCCUGGCGUGCCAGGCACGAACGGACUCCCAGGACAGAGUGGUAAAAUUGGUCAAAAGGGUGACAAAGGUGUUACCGGUGAUGAUGGUGAUGAUGGAGCAGAGGGGUUAAAAGGAAGUCGAGGACACCACGGCUUGAUAGGAUUACCAGGAAUAAACGGGAUACCUGGGCAAAAGGGAAAACAUGGACAUUUUGGUAUCGCUGGUGAUCAAGGAAGCAAAGGACAAAAAGGAACAACUGGUUUUACCGGCGAAGCUGCUCCCGAUGGCACCAACGGCAUUCCUGGCCGACCCGGAAAAUCAGGAACCCAUGGUAAUAAGGGGGUAGUUGGCGAAAUUGGAGACAAAGGAGCUGAUGGUAAUCAGGGUCAAAAGGGUGAGCGUGGUCCGCGUGGAGAAUAUGGUGUUCCAGGAAUUCCCGGCCAAGCUGGUUUAAACGGCUUUCAUGGUAGACCAGGUCUAGUUGGUGCUUUCGGAGAAAAUGGCAGUAACGGUGUACCUGGUCGUAAAGGUCAACUUGGUUCAAAAGGUACUCGAGGUGCCCCUGGUCGCCAGGGAAAUCCCGAUGAUAUCGACAUUCAAUCGUUAAUAAAAGGUGUUGAAGGUCCAAAGGGAGAAAAGGGAGAGCCUGCACCAAAUGUUCCAGGUGAGAAAGGAAAACAAGGAAGAACGGGUGUCAGAGGAAGACCAGGAUACCGAGGAUUGAAAGGUAACAGAGGACUUAAAGGUAUCAGCAAUAACAAAGGUGAACCUGGUGAGCCCGGCCCACAAGGCAUAGUUGGUAUCAAGGGAUACGUCGGUAGAAUGGGAGCAGACGGCGAGCAUGGAGCACUUGGACCGAGGGGAAUUGUUGGCGUACCUGGAGUACUUGGCAGAGAAGGAAAAGUUGGAAAGGUUGGACUGACUGGUGUCUCUGGACUUGAUGGGAAAGAUGGAGCAGAAGGUCAAAAAGGAUCGGCUGGUAUUGCUGGCAUAACAGGUUUGAAAGGAGUUCCUGGUCCCAAAGGUUUAGAUGGCAAUAAAGGACCUGCAGGAGAAACUGGUAUUCAGGGCGUCAUUGGAUUGAAAGGAGAGAAUGGGGAUGAAGGGGUGAACGGUCCUCAAGGUUUUGUCGGGGUUGCAGGAGCCAAUGGUGUCAAUGGAACAUCAGGUCUGCAGGGUUUCAAAGGAGAAAAGGGUAGACCUGGUGAACACGGUGAUACCGGACAGCCUGGUCCUGAUGCAGUUGGUACACCAGGUGAUAAAGGUAAGGAUGGUGACAAAGGUCAUUUUGGGGGACGUGGUCCGCGUGGGUUAGAUGGAAUGGAUGGUGCGGAUGGUGCGGAUGGUUUACCUGGUACACCAGGAGUUAAGGGUACGCCUGGGAAUGCGGGCAUCCCAGCAGAAGGAGGAAUUCCUGGGCCAGAUGGACGAAAAGGAUCAGUAGGGCCUAAAGGUCUACCAGGUCUCAACGGAAAUUCUGGCAUUAAAGGUUUGGCUGGAUUAGACGGCUGUCCUGGACGGCCUGGAAGACAGGGACAACAAGGAAUUCGGGGACCAAUUGGUGACCAAGGACGUAAAGGGCCCUUGGGUGAUCAGGGAGAACAAGGAGAGCCCGGCCUACAGGGAAAGAGAGGUCCUAAAGGAGAACCUCAUGAAAAUUGGGUGAUAGAUCCGGAUCUGCCGAAAGGUGAAGACGGUGACGUCGGUGACCAAGGCCCAAAAGGUCCAAUUGGAUCCAAAGGAGGCAAAGGUAGAAGAGGAAGACGUGGACCCGACGGAAAGAAGGGACAGCAAGGAUUUUUCGGCUCAACUGGUCGCAGAGGGCCAACUGGUGACAAAGGAAAUACUGGAUUUGACGGACAGCCAGGGCUACCAGGAAUUAAGGGUUUUCCAGCAUAUAAGGGUUUCAAAGGUGCGAUGGGUGAUUCAGCGGUGGGUAGGUCAGGACGUGAUGGUGUUAAUGGUGCUGAUGGUGAGAAGGGACAGCAAGGACUAAUUGGCAUCACAGGUGUGAGUGGUAUCCCUGGUGAUGUAGGUUUUCCGGGCAACAAAGGUUCAACUGGUCUACCAGGAUUAGAGGGUGCUGAAGGAACUGUUGGAAGGGUUGGUCCAAUCGGAUACAAAGGAUCUAUUGGUGAACCUGGUGAGCGUGGAGAGGAUGGAAAUUACGGUGAAGAAGGAGCGGAUGGAGCAGAAGGUGAGGUGGGAGAUCCAGGAACCAAAGGCAACAAAGGCAAACCAUUAUCCGUGAGAAACAUUUACAAUCCUUCCGAAGGUCUGGAUCCUUUAGGCGCACAUAGGGAUUUAUUUGAUUUUGUUCUGGAGACUAUAAAUGUUAACGAUCUGAUUGUUUCUCCGGGACAACCUGGAGAACUAGGAUCCAUGGGUGCCAAGGGAGCAAAAGGUCUUUAUGGUGAUGUGGCUUUACCCGGUGUUCCCGGAGUGAAUGGAGAACCUGGAACUGAUGGAGUACCAGGCUUGGAAGGAUUUGAGGGCCUGCUCGGACAACCUGGAAUGAGAGGAGAUUUAGGAAUCCCUGGAGCCACAGGUGUUGACGGGAAACGAGGGGUGAGAGGUGAUCGGGGAGACGAAGGUGAUCAAGGUGCUCAAGGUGAUCUUGGUGUAGAGGGUAUACUUGGUGAACAUGGAAAAGAUGGACAAAACGGAGAACCGGGAGUCUGCAGUCAAAUAUGUACCCCAAACAAUGUCCCUCUGACGGCAGGAGCUCAGAAGAAGUGUGGCUGUGAUACACAUGUUCUUGUCAUGCACAGUCAGAAUACUGAUAUACCCAGGUGUCCUGACAAGUGGAAGUCCUUGUGGAUUGGGUACAGUUUCUUAAUGAUAUUUGAGAACGGAGUGAACAUGCUGCAAGACCCGGGGAGUGCGGGCAGUUGCAUGGAAACAUUCCUUCCCACUCCAUUCGUCACCUGUGACAGGAGUGGUGAGUGUGGACACAACUUCAGAACUGAGAAGAGUGUUUGGAUGGGAGCAGAAGUAAGUGAAGACCCAAUGAUACGACUAACGACGAUGGACCAGGUUGAGGCGCAUAUCAGCCGUUGUAAUGUCUGUAUGGGACCUAGUCUUGUACAAACAGUGCACUCUUUCUCGACAGAUAUACCUAACUGUCCCAUUGGAUUCGAAGAAAUCUGGGCGGGGUACAGCUACCUGAUCCCUAUUUUAGACGCAAUGAACCCAGCAUCUGAUGGGAAGACAGGUAGAGCGGGACAAGGCAUCCCAACCAACUCUCCCGGGUCCUGUCUACCUGAACUUCAGACACCUUCUUAUCUUGAGUGCCUCAGCCGCGGGUACUGCACAUACAACACAGCCUUCUCCGAUUAUUGGCUGCGAGCAGACGACAUCAACAACACGGACAACGUACCCGGUGCUAACGCAAACUCUAGCAUCUACGACACCACUAUUGAUGCUAAAAAGAGGCUCGCUAAUGUGAGUAGAUGUGCAGUUUGCAAGAAAUCCAGCCGAUGGAAUGGCAGUAGGCGAAAAUAAGUAGUAGACACGUAAUCGAUGAAGCUGCUGAACUGAAGAGAUGACGUACAAUUACUUGAGAGUGUUGAAAAUAUUUGAGAUUGUAUGCGGACCGAAUUUAUAAAGCUUAUUCCAUCAUUUUGCAGAAUUCUGAUUUCUCGAUAGCAGCUCAUCUUUAUACAUGACUUACAUUGUAUGUAUUAUAGGUUAAUUUACUGUAUGAUAUAUCGCUUGUCAUUAACGUUUGAUUAAACAACUUUCUUAUUAAUACAGGGUAGGAUGAAGGACGCGAUUUUUAGAAUUAAAUUGGUACUCCUCGUAUUUCAUAUUUGAGGGUUUUUAUUAAGUUUUGAUAUAAACGGCUUUUUUUAUUUUGAAGGUGAUCUUAUUUUACUAACACCGUGAAUCUUAAUUCACCGCCCUACUUAUUUUUAAGGAGUUCACUAUUGCUAAUCUCAACCA